AUGAGGCAACCGGGGGCGUACUCUAAUCUUCUGAGUGGGGACAAGAUGGGACCCUCAUUCGCUGCCACUAGCAAGAAUCAAGAAGAUCAUGAAGAAUCAGGUGAGGAUGUGAAAAUGAUAUCGGGGGAAGCCCCCAUCGUGUUCUCCAAGGCGUGUGAGUUGUUCAUCGAAGAGUUGACGAAAAGGGCGUGGGCGAUGACACUGCAAAGGAAGACAAGGACAAUGCACAAGGAAGAUGUGGCUGCUGCUGUUAUGGAAACUGAUAUAUUUGAUUUCCUUGUUGGCCUUGUCUCUCACACUCCUAACCCUAGUGCUGCUAUCGAGUCUUGA